AUGCUUCACCACCGUUCGCAAUGCCGGGAAUCGCCUUUCCUACCGUUCGAAACGCCGGAGAUCGCCUUGUUACCGAUAACACUCACCGGAAAUCGCCUGUCUACCGAAAGCCCUCGUCGGAAAUCGCCUCAGACAGAGCUCUCACUUCUCACAAGAUGCAAAGUGAGUGCGCAUCCGGGGUCAUCCCUAUUUAUAGGGGAAAUGGCUGGCAACGGUACUCCUCGAAAAACCAAACGGCGCAUUAAUGCGCCGCGCGCCAUCAUUACUUUCGCCACGUGUCACUCACCCAAUGGAGAACUGACGGCACGCGAGGCGCGGAAGUCGAGGCGCUCAGACGUCUCUUCGCCCAUCAGAUCGACGCGACCUUCUGACUUCACCAACGUCAGCCUCUGA